AACGCUGAUUUCAUUAUAUUGACAAUGUUUGAUGUGCAGUUUUUAAAAAAAAAAUCAAAAUGGGCCGAACCAGAUUUUUAUGCAUUGUAGGUAUGGAGAAAAUGUAUCCUGCCCAAAUAGUCCACUCAAGUUGAACCAGCCAACCUGCAGAAACUCUCCGGGGAAGACAGAGAGAGCACUACGCCCAGGGGAACCGGCAACGGCGAGAUUGUCGAAUGUUCUUCAGUCCGCUUUAAGUCGUAGAUGAUCGAUUUUAGCAGCUUGAAGUCGUUGCUUCACUCAGAAAUUGCAAUUUCUAGUGAAAAUCUUCAAUUGCCAAUCCUUGUAGCCAUAGAAGUUGACAACUUCGCAACCUAAUCUGAAGAAAACGGUCCAGAAACACCCAAUAAAAUAUUCUAAUGGUAAGCGGCGGCGGAAUUGAGCCAGGCGGCAGAGCGUGGACGGCGGAGGAAGCCGUUGCUGGGAAUGCAGAGGCCAUCCGUACCCUGAGGGAACUCAUCAUGUAUCCGCUCCUCUAUUCUCAAGAGUCUAAAAAACUUGGACUCAAAUGGCCUCGUGGUUUGUUGCUAUAUGGUCCACCCGGUACUGGUAAGACAAGUUUGGUUCGAGCUGUUGUUCAAGAAUGCGGAGCGCAUUUGACUGUUAUUAGCCCACACAGUGUUCACAGUGCAUAUGCUGGAGAAAGCGAGAAAGUUUUGCGGGAAACAUUUGCAAAAGCAUCAUCUCAAGCAAAGCUUGGGAAACCAUCAGUUAUCUUCAUAGAUGAAAUUGAUGUGCUUUGCCCUCGUCGUGAUUCUAGAAGGGAACAAGAUGUUCGUAUAGCUUCUCAACUAUUUAUGUUGAUGGACUCCAAUAAGUCGUUUUCAGCAUCUGGAGUACAUGUAGUAGUUGUAGCAGCAACUAAUAGAGUGGAUUCAAUCGAUCCGGCUCUAAGAAGGUCUGGGCGUUUUGAUGCUGAGAUUGAAGUCACAACCCCUAAUGAAGAUGAACGCUUUCAUAUCCUCAAUCUUUACACAAAGAAGCUUCCAUUGGAACCCAAUGUUGACCUGCGGACGAUUGCCGCUUCUUGCAAUGGUUAUGUUGGUGCAGAUUUGGAAGCUUUAUGUCGCGAAGCUUUUAUGUCUGCGUUUAGGGAAUCAUCAAAAUCAAAUCAAUUAGAUGGCUCUUGGUACAUAACAAUGGAUGACUGGAGGCAUGCUAGGUCUGUUGUUGGUCCUAGUAUAACAAGAGGUGUAGUUGUGGAAGUUCCAAAGGUUUCAUGGGAGGAUAUUGGAGGACUUAAAGACAUAAAGGCCGGAUCUUGUGGGGCAGAGUUGUAUUCGAUGUAUGUCGGUGAAGGUGAGGCUUUGUUACGCAAUACAUUUCGAAGAGCUCGACUUGCGGCACCAAGCAUUAUUUUCUUUGAUGAAGCAGAUGUUGUCGCUGCCAAACGUGGGGGAAGUUCUAAUGGAAGUAGUGUUGUUGGGGAGAGACUUCUGUCUACUCUUCUGACUGAGAUGGAUGGCCUGGAGCAAAUUAAGGGGAUUCUUGUUUUGGCUGCAACAAAUCGCCCUCAGGCAAUUGAUGCUGCACUUAUGCGACCUGGACGUUUUGAUCUGGUUCUUUAUGUGCCACCGCCAGAUUUGGAAGCUCGGUAUGAGAUCCUCCGUGUGCAUACACGGGGCAUGAAACUAGAUGCUGGCGUCGAUCUCAGACGAGUAGCUGAAAGCACGGACCUCUUCACAGGGGCAGAAUUGGAAGGAUUGUGCAGAGAAGCCGGAAUCGUCGCUUUAAGAGAAGACCUUUCAGCGACAGUUGUGUGCAAUCGACACUUCCAAGCAGUCCUGCAGUCGCUAACGCCGGCACUCACUUGGGAAGUCAUUGAAUCGUAUUCCUCCUUUACGAAGAAGAAGUGAAGAACCCUAACAUUUAUACCCCAAUUUGUACCCCGCAGGUUUGCACCAACAUUUUGUGUUGGUGUAAAACUAAUUUUUGUUAACGCAACAACAUUUGUGUCCGUGUAAAUUUUUAUUAACGCAUCAACCCUUGUGUCGGUGUAAACCAUCAAAAUGUUUGUGCAAAACUGUGGUGUACAAGUGGGGUACAUUUUUUGGUGUAAGUGUAGCAUGGCUCAGAAGGAAGUACCUCAACGGUCAAUCAGCCGCUUCCGGGGGAACAAGCUGCUCUUCCUGCCUUUAACUUAAGAGUAGGCUCUUCAGAAAAGCUUUUAGCAAGUUAUUAGUUGUGCUUAGAGCUCAAAAUAAGCUCUUAAGAUAAUUGUUGGUUGUAAUGUUUUUUUGGAAAUUAGAUGGUCAUUAUAGUUAUUUAUCUCCGAAAAUAUUCUCUCCCUCCCUAUUCCAUUCUUUAUAGUUACUCUACUAUUCAUGGGGUUCAUAUGGAAUGAUUGCUUACACGGUCUCAAAGUCUACAUUAAAAUGUGCGCCUUAUAUUUUUCAUAAACUUGUAUGUGAAUA